AUGGAGUGUUUUGGAGUCAAUAAUGUGAAGAAAACGUCCAAUCAAGAAGCACCCGAGUGGAAAGAAGCAAAAUGUGGAUUGGGUUUGAAUCCACCACGACUGCGGUGGACAGUGGUUGGACGCGACAUGCCACAGACACGAGGCAGAAUGUUUGGCUCUCACUGCGGUCGCGCCGCGGUCUACCGCGGCCGCGGUGAACUGUGUAUGCCUAGGAAUUCUUCGAGGACUGGAGAACUGCUUGAAGGACUCUCAGACCCCGAGAAAACAUUCAGGGAUGAGCCAACUGACCCAAAAGUCAGAGUGGUGGCACCUCUUGUGCCAGAAGCUGCACUUUAUGAAUGGGCACAACUAAUAGCUGACAACCUGGCCAUUGCCAUUGUUAAUAAGGGACUGUUCUCCGGGUCAUACAUUGAAGACCCUCAACAACAUUUGAAAAAAUUUCUGUCGAUUUGUGUGACCCAAAAGCAGCCAAAUGUGACCCCAGAAGCUAUUAAGUUGUUACUGUUCCCGUUCUCUAUUGAUGAGAUACAACAGUACAAGCAGCAGCCUACUGAGACCUUGCAGGAAACUUGGGAAAGAUUUAAAGGGAUGCUAGUGAAGUGUCCCCACCAUGGUAUUCCAGACCAGAUGCUCGGCCAGAGAUUCUACAUGGGGUUAGCAGACAAUCUAAAGGCCAAUGUAGAUGCUUUAGGUGGGGGUGCAUUUCUGAGUAAUACAUUCACCGAGUGCAAAAUCCUUCUUGACAAGAUGUCCCAGAAUUCGAGGUGGAUGACGAAGGGCACAACACUAGCACUAAUAGUGCAUUUAGUUCUUCUUGACCCAAAUAAUUCGCAUGCAGAGAACAUAGCCACACUCAUGACUCAGAUGAGUAUAUUGACAAAGAAGAUUGAUGAGAGACAACAAGGCUAUCCGCAGCAGAACCAACAAGAAUUGGCAUAUCAUCCACCUCCUCAGCAACAAGAUAACAACAUGCUCUCCAUGGCCUUAAAAAACUGCCCUCAGGGAACAUUGCCAGCAAACACGAACAUCAACCCCAAGGAGCAAAACCUGAAUCAGCUGAUGGUCGUAAGUCUCCGGAAUGGGAGAGAUUUAGACAGGGAGCAAGAAGUUGCACAAUCUAGUAAAGAGACUACGCCAGCCACUCCAGUUCCAUUGGAGGUAGAUGAAUUAGCAGAACUUACUGAAGUGGUGGUUGAACAGGUUCAGGAUGAUAAGGGUAAGGCUAAAGAGAGUGAACAAGCUGCAGAACAAGUGGUACCUCUUGUACUAAAAAACCCCAACAGAGAGAAGCCAGCUAGCAGUGCACAAAGGGUGAUACCUGCACCAUUCCCUCAGAGACUGGCAAAACAAAAUAAGGAAGAUCAAUACAGGAUAUUCAUGGAGAUGCUUUGUCAAAUUCAAUUGAAUAUUCCUCUGAUGGAUGCUUUGAUAGAGAUGCCAAGCUAUGCAAAGAUGAUGAAGGACCUAAUGUCACAAAAAUUUGACUUUCAGGACCUAUCCACAGUAACUCUGACACAGACCUACAGUGCAGUAGUGACAAGACCCAUGGCUCAAAAGAUGUCUGACCCAGGUCGAUUUACUAUUCCGUGCACUAUUGGGAGUUAUGCCUUUGCAAAGGCAUUAUGUGACUUAGGAGCCAGCAUAAACUUGAUGCCUCUGGCCAUAUACACCAAAAUGGGCAUUGGCAGAGCUAGACCGACUUUGAUGCUUUUGCAACUAGCUAACUGCACGGUUAAAAGGCCAACAUGGAUUCUUGAUGAUGUGUUGGUAGAUGAAGAGAUACCUAUCAUUUUAGGGAGGCCAUUCUUAGCCACUGGGAGAGCACUGAUCGAUUGUGAAACUGGGGAAUUAAAAAUGAGGUUGAACGAUGAAGAAGUCAUAUUCAAUGUUCAGCAAUCCAUGAGGAGACCCAGUGAAUAUGCUAAUUGCUCACUAGUGGAGGCGGUGGAUGUGAUCCUGCACGAAGAUGAGACCCUGACUGCUAAAGAUCCCUUGGGGGCUUGUCUGACAAAUUUAGAGGAGAUGGAUGGUUAA